CCCUUUACAAAAAGAUCUUAGUACCACGCCAUACUGUGAAACCCCUGACAAAGGAAAUUAACUUUGAACUAAAAGUUAUCCUUGUUCACAAUUUGGAAAUGUUUACCAUGACGUCACGACGGUAUGCUCGAUCUGUAAUGAUGUUUGUUAACAAAGAGAGACGAAAAGUCAUUCUAGGAGGAAUUAUACUAAGCUCUGUUCUGAUGACCUUGCGAAGUGUUUCUUUAAAAGAUCAAACAGCUGAAACGUUAUCCCUUCCUGGUCUUCGAUCGUUUAUGCAACAAGGAGAAAGGAUAGGUAUACCAUUUUUGAUUCAACCGAAGCUAAAGUGUAAUCAGGAAUCUGAGAGAAGCACUGUUAUCACAGUAUUAAGUAAAACAUCAAAUUUGCCACAACGCGAAGCCAUACGACAAACAUGGGGUUGUUCAAAGAUGCAAAAAAAAUACAAUUUUAGUGUGUUUUUUGUAAUCGGAACAGUAACGGAUGCGAGUAGUCUGAAAAAUGAAGUUUUUCUCUAUGGAGAUAUAAUACAGGUAGAUAUCCCGGAAAGUUAUUAUAACCUAGUUGAGAAAACAAUCGCAGCUUUCAAAUGGGUGACUGAGCUCUGUUUUGAACCACGCUUCUUCUUCAAAAUGGACGACGAUGUCUAUUUUGACCUUGAAUUUCUCAAAGUAAUCCAAAACACAUACUUGUCAGAUGACGUAAUUCAUGGAAAAUGUGUAUACGGUGUGCCACCAUACAGAUACCUUGACGCAGAGGGGGACAAAUUUAAAGUUUCUCUUGACCAGUAUCCUUUUAAUACUUAUCCGCCAUAUUGCGGAGGCCCCGGAUAUUUUAUGACGUCACACACAGCAAACAAAAUGUACCUCAUGAUGAAAACAGCCCGUAGCUUCAAAUUCGAAGAUGUCUAUGUCGGAAUGGUUGUUCACGGAUUAACGCCAGAUGAUGUUCACUACCUUUGGGAUAGCCGACACAUGGAAUACAAUGAUAGACACGCUUAAUUCUUCUCAUCUUGAUAGUGUGUUGUUUGUAAGAUGAACGUAAGACUUGGACUCAUUGGAGAAAAGCGAUGGAAAACUGCUGUUUAAACAGGAGAUGUGUAUAAAAACCUUGAUUUGUACAAAUUAAAAAAAUAAAGAGGGCUGCUGCUCAAUUUCAAAUAUUAAUAAUCCGAGGUUCUUAUACACCGCUUAAUCAUAACCUAGUUCGUAGGUGGUCUCAAAGCGGUUCUCACAUUAUAAUUCUAG